CGCCCAGAAUGCCCUUGCCUCAGUGCUGUGAGCCGGGAGAGGCAGAGAGGAAGGAGAGUGAAGCCACAGCAGAGGCAGGUGCUGAGGGUAGAGCAGAGAGCAGACAUUAGAAUAGAAGCACGCUGCCUACAAGCCGAGACAAUCAGGGGAAAGUGUGUCAAGAGAUCAAACUGAAGAGCAGGAAAUAGUCACAUUGAAACUUUUUUUUUCUUUUCCCUAAACUGGAGCCCACUCCUUUCCCUGUUUCAGCCAAGCUUCACUGAGCUCUUCACUCUCCUCCUCUCUUGUACGGAUCCUCUUCUCCUCCUCUUCGCCCUGUCCUCCUCUCCAGCAGACCACCAUGGAAACCGGGAGCCCCAGGAAGAUCCAGUUCACCGUCCCCCUCCUGGACACCCACCUGGACCCAGAGGCAGCUGAACAGAUCAGACGACGCAGACCCACUCCUGCUACUUUAGUGGCAUCCAGCGAUCAGUCCUCACCUGAAAUAGAUGAAGAUCGUCUCCCAAACCAGCUGUACAAGGCUGCCUUGUUGAACUCCCCUCGACAAAGACGAAAAGGGCAAAAGGGAACUCCGACGAUGAAAGAGCUGCAGUUCAUGGUGGAGCACCACCUGUACAGGCAGUCGCAGGGAGCCGGGGACGAGUGCUCCUCGGAGAGCUGCCUAUCAGACCGGCCCAGCCCCGACUCCAUGCCCGCCGGGGAGGAGCUCCCGCACGACAACGACUCCACUUCGGAGGCCUUUGAGAAACUGCGCUGCCAAAUGGAGGGAUUCUCCAGGGAGAGUCUAUUAGAGGCUGCAGGUGGAGUCGAGUGCCCCCUCUCCAUUGAGAAAGAGGAUUGUUCCAGCGUGGCCGGUGUAGUCGAUCCCUCAUCGCAACAAAACAACGCACAAGCAGGAACAAAAGCUGCAGAAUCCAGCGCGAGUCAGCCGGCUGAGGAAAAGACAAAGAAAUGCAGCCUGGAGAAAGAAAAAUAGAGUUUUUCCCCCGGACGACAAAAUGCUGCUCAGUCUGCUCAGCCAGCCCAACACAAUGACAGAAGAUUGUGUGUUCAGAUCCACGUGUUACAAACAUCAGGACAUACAAAAAUCUACAGUCAGGCCUUAGUUACCACCUCGACAACAACAACAAAGGUUUCUUCUUUUAUUUUCUGUCAAAGGGACGAUUCCAUUUUCUGUUGCUUCCACUGAACUCGCCUAAAACUAAAACUAGCCUACUGUAAAAACAGUCUUUUCCUGUCUCGGUCACACAGUCAUUAUUAUUCACUACCGCAACUCACAUGCUUAACGUCUCCUUGAAUGUUCAAAGGCAGAAAAUCCUCUAUUUGAAAUUCUAUCAGGCAGUUUUCAUCAUCACGUGCCAUGACUUCUGCAAGUUUUGUUCCUAAUCUAAGCAAUAAUAAUGAAUUUGUACCUCAUAAAUAACUUGGACUUAAACUAUCAUUUCGACUUCUACUUAUGUCAUUAAGUAGGAUUUAAAUGCUCAAUUUAAAAUUAGUACACAGUAUAUUUGGGUUCACUGACAGUUUAAAUACAUAAAUAUAUGUUUACAAUAAUAGACUGGACAUCUGCAAAAGUCUUCUUAAAGUCCAACUGACGAUAACAUUUAUGUUUAAUCUGCUACAGCGCAAUUAGGUAUUUAAUUUAUGAGUCCAUGAGCUGAGAGCUAAUUGUCAAGUAUUUUGAUAGUUGAUAUAUUUUCUAAUAAUGAAUCGGCUACGAGAAUCAAAUGGCUUGAUUUUCAAGACUUCAUUCCUGUUACACAAGGACACGAUUACUGGUAAUACGUUAAAUAACAACAACAACAUUAGAUGCAUUGAAAACCAGACUUUUACCAGCCAAGCCAACUGUUUUAAAUCUCUAGUCGGUAAGCAGGGUUUGUAUUAAUUUACGUACUUUGGAUAAACAAGGACAAAUCAAUGUCCAGCGAAAAAAAGGGAAUUGUCAUUUUUUAUGCUUGAACACUUUACGGAAUCGGAAUCCUGGUCAUAAAACACGUUUCUGCAUGACACUUUCACUUUUUUUCUAAGAUAUGGUAUCAACAAUGUUUCAUGUUGAAUGGGAAAUAUUAUUUCAACAGCAAAAUAUUAUUUUAAAUGACCUGACACAAAUUGCAAUUACUGACAUUCCCUAUUAAUUCUAGUUUUGUCUAAACUACAUCACACUGUUUCAUUCAAUGUUUCUCAUCUGUUGUUCCUAUCACUCUUUUGGCAUCAUCAUGUAGAUUAUGUGACAAUCCUUCCAUAACCUCCACCUCAAUAUGACUAUUUCUGACAAAAGAGUAAAACAAAAGAAUAAAACUGAAACAGAAAACUAAAGCCACCCUAGUGUUGAUGUCACUUCAGCAGAUGAAUCAGCCACAUUAUGAGCAGUUGAACGAAGAAAGACCUUUAAACAUUCCUGUGCAAGCUUUGAGUUUUCUCUUCUUCAAUGUAUUUAUGGACCAUGUAAUGUUUGUUCUGUUUUUGAAUGGUAAUUGUUAAAUUUACAUGAAUCAAAUCUGGGGAGUUUUUGUUCCAGUUUUACUUGAAUAGAUCGGGGAUUACAUCUGUAAUCUAAAUUUGUUUGAUACAAUAAAAUGUUUAAAUUGGU